GAGAGAGAGAGAGAGAGAGAGAGAGAGAGAGAGAGAGAGAGAGAGAGAGAGAGAGAGAGAGUUUGACGUGACAGCUAUUAUUGGCUCAGGGCUGCUCAACCUGUUUAUUUUGCAUCUUGUAAAUGAAUGAGGAAGAGAUCCACACUCUCAGUGAAGACAGAGUCCGCAUUACGUGGAUAAAUUCACUGUUUAUUGAGACAGUAGAUGUCAGACUAACUGCUGAGAGGAGGUGUCUUCUGAGAAGUUAAUAAUCAGCAAUAAAGAGGGUGUAGUUUUAAAGGAACUUAUUCUUUGAAUAAGGAAGCUGCCUGCAGUCCUUCUGGGGAAUUUCCCGUUCAUUUUAAGGAGAGAAUGGAGGAGACGAUGAAAGUAGGGAUGAGGAAACAUAGAAAGGUUUCUCAUAUCUGCUUGCUGGUGCUGACUCUGCUCCAACUCACUGCACCCUCCUCAGAGCAUCUGCAGAGUCAUUCCAAACCAGCUGAAAACACCACCACUUCAGCACCAAACCCUGUAGCUCUCAGUUACCGCACGCGCCCAGCUGACGUCACAGUGGCUGUGGGAAAACCUGCAGUGUUUCGCUGUGGAGUUCCCAAAGCUUCUACAAACUUGACAUUCACCUUCUACGGGAAUCACCGCAACUACAGCCUCACAUGCCCGUCAGGCUACGUGGAAGAUAUCCCCCAGGCUCUCUAUGGAAGUUGUGAUAUGAAGAAAGACGAGUUAUUGGCCGUUUGGACCCUUAAGGGAACUUCCUUCUCCGACAAUGGCACAAGAGUCGUAUGUCAGCACUCAGAGAAUCCUGAUGCACCUGCUGCCGUCCUGCACGUUUAUGAUGACGGCACCAGCUACGCCAUUCUCAUUGGCUGUACCAUUGGGGGCUUCUUUGGCAUCCUGUUGGUGUUUGGUUUAUCAUAUACCAUGCUGCUGAGAUCUGAGACCCUCCAGAAGUGCUUCAGGGGAAAAGAACCAGAAGAUAUGAAUACAAUAGUAACAAAGGAGUAAACAAGACAGAAAGCUGUUGCUUGAUGUUGCUUUAUAACCAACAGAGAAUGGAAAAGGAAACACAUUGUUUCUCUUUUUAAAUCCUUGAAUCAAUCUAAGUGAAGUAAAAGCUGGAUUGAACCCAGGUCUGGAGAUGAUGCCAGACAUUUUUAUGGCCGGAUCCAGUCUGACCACUGAUAUUUUCACUUCCUUGUUCUGCCCUCAUUGAUUAGACCUUGCACACAUUAUACAAAGCCUAACCGUGUAUAAUUUAGUAUUAAGCACUUAAAUAAAUACACAUACAAAUAUUAUUCUGCCAGAUUGCUUUUCCCACUUGGUGUAGGGUCAUAUGUCAACUUGCACUGCCUUUAUGGUACAUACCUUAUAAAUCAUGUGUAAAAAUGUGUUCUCUAAUGUGGCUAAAACAAUUUACAUGUGUAGAGUGAGCAGUCAAACUGUAGGAUUUGAAGAGCAGUCAGUCUAAAUCAUUUGUUCUAAAGUCAUUUUUAUACGUACAAUAGUUGUUAUUGCACAUUAUUGUUGGAUACAGCUCACAUCGGUGAAUAAAAGGAAUCUUAUCUUUCCAUUUCCAAGGCAUAACAGAGGCAUACAAGUUCAAUAGUUUUUGUCCACAUAUGAAUAUGAAUAUGUCCCUGCUACUAAAUAUAGUAGUAAGUGUUUACAGAGAUGUUGUGAAAGUGUUGAGUAAGUGAUAGUCUGCAGGCAGGCGCCGGUGAAAUGAGGAAUAGAAGAGUAGCUGCUCUGUGUGCUGCGACAUAUCUUUUAAAGCUAUAUUACAACAAACUUCUGAAGGUAAAAUCCUCACUGAUUGGGGUCCCAGCUGUGUUUGUCACACCCAGUUAGUCAGGUACACUUUCACAGACUGUCCACUUGAGGGAAGCACUCACUCCACAGAUUACAAACCGAAUAGUGGUUCUAACAGAGAGAAAUAUUCACUUUAAAAGAAUUGAUUGUAAAUACAAAACACUUAAACAAAAACGUUCUGUUUCCAUCAGAGCAUGUUGCGUUUGGUUUGUUCUUAUUUGCCAAAUUAUUCAAUUAAAUCUCUAAUGAAGAAA